AUGAGUGCGAAGAAAGUUGUUCUGAUCGAUAACUACGACUCGUUCACGUGGAAUCUGUAUGAAUAUCUCUGCCAAGAAGGUGCUGAUGUUGAGGUGUAUCGUAACGAUAAAAUCACUGUCGAAGAGGUGAUCCAGUUGAAGCCUGAUGUCAUUUUGAUUUCCCCCGGACCAGGGCACCCAAGGACUGAUUCUGGUGUUUCUAGGGACUGCAUCCGUCAUUUUGCUGGUAAAAUCCCCGUAUUUGGAAUCUGUAUGGGCCAACAAUGUAUGUUUGACGUGUUUGGUGGCGAAGUGGCAUAUGCUGGAGAGAUCGUGCACGGCAAAACGACUGAAAUUUUCCACGAUAACAAGGGUAUCUUCAGAAAUGUUCCUCAAGGUGUGGCUGUCACCCGAUAUCACUCAUUGGCGGGCACCCAGCAAUCACUACCUGCCGAGUUGGAAAUCACUGCAAGAACUGCGAACGGCAUUAUCAUGGGUGUGAGACAUAAGGAAUAUACCGUGGAGGGCGUGCAGUUCCAUCCGGAAUCCAUUUUGACCGAAGAAGGCCAUUUGAUGAUGAGAAAUAUUCUGAGUGUCGAGGGGGGCACCUGGAAACAGAACGACAUGAAGAGCGUACCUAAUGGAGUUGGCAAAACUAAGAUCUCCACACUGGAAAGGAUAUACGAGCAACGGAAAAAAGAUGUUGAGAUUUUAAUGAAGACUCCAGGCUUCACCUUGCAAGAUCUGCAAACGAAUUACAGCCUCGGUUUGGCACCAAAAUGCCAGAACUUUUACGAUAGACUUAUCGCAUGUCAGGGUAGGGCAGCCGUCCUCGCCGAAGUCAAAAGGGCUUCUCCAUCAAAAGGCGAUAUCCAACCCAAUGCGGUGGCAGCAGAGCAAGCAUUGAAAUAUGCCAGAGCAGGGGCUUCUGCAAUUUCUGUGCUUACAGAACCGCACUGGUUCAAAGGUAGUCUACAAGAUCUGAUUAACGUAAGAAGAGCUUUAGACUUGGAAUAUGCUGAUAAUCCUUCUGCCAGACCUUGCGUUCUAAGAAAAGAGUUCAUCUUCAGCAAGUACCAAAUACUGGAGGCAAAGCUUGCUGGCGCAGACACCGUUUUGCUGAUAGUCAAGAUGUUGGAUCAAGGACUUUUGCAAGACUUGUACGAUUAUGCCACAAAAGAGAUGGGACUAGAGCCUCUCGUUGAAGUGAACUCAAAAGAAGAAUUGGAGCGAGCAUUGGCUAUAAAUGCCAGAGUUAUUGGUGUCAAUAAUAGGGACCUACACUCGUUUACCGUUGACCUGAAUACGACCAGCAGUUUGGUUGGUUCCGUUCCAGCAGGAAAGCUUCUGAUUGCUCUUUCUGGUAUUACCAGCAGUAAAGAUGCUGAGGAAUACAAAAAAGAAGGUGUAAAGGGUCUUUUAGUGGGAGAAGCUUUAAUGAAAUCAAGCAAUGUCGAAUCCUUUAUCAAAGACCUCUCUUUCUGA